AUGACAAACGCUAUAGGUAUUGAUUUAGGAACGACAUAUUCUUGUGUUGCUCAUUUUACAAAUGAUAGAGUUGAAAUCAUUGCUAAUGAUCAAGGUAAUAGAACAACUCCAUCUUAUGUUGCGUUUACUGAUACUGAAAGAUUAAUUGGUGAUGCCGCUAAAAAUCAAGCCGCUAUGAAUCCUUCAAAUACCGUUUUUGAUGCUAAAAGAUUAAUUGGAAGAAAAUUUACUGAUCAAGAAGUUCAAAAUGAUGCUAAACAUUUCCCAUUUAAAGUAAUUGAUAAAGGUGGUAAACCAAAUAUUCAAGUGGAAUUUAAAGGUGAAACUAAAGUCUUCAGUCCUGAAGAAAUUUCUUCAAUGGUUUUAACUAAGAUGAAAGAAACUGCUGAGAAUUUCUUGGGUGGAAAAGUUAAUGAUGCUGUUGUAACAGUUCCUGCUUAUUUUAAUGAUUCUCAAAGACAAGCCACUAAAGAUGCUGGUUUAAUUGCUGGAUUAAAUGUAUUAAGAAUUAUUAAUGAACCAACUGCCGCUGCAAUUGCCUAUGGUUUGGAUAAAAAAGGUACAACAUCUCAUGAACAAAAUGUAUUAAUUUUUGAUUUAGGUGGUGGUACUUUUGAUGUAUCAUUAUUAGCAAUUGAUGAAGGUAUUUUUGAAGUUAAAGCUACUGCUGGUGAUACUCACUUGGGUGGUGAAGAUUUUGAUAAUAGAUUAGUUAAUCAUUUUAUUGCUGAAUUCAAGAGAAAGAAUAAGAAAGAUUUAUCUUCUAAUCAAAGAGCUUUAAGAAGAUUAAGAACUGCUUGUGAGAGAGCUAAAAGAACUUUAUCUUCUUCAACUCAAACUUCAAUUGAAAUUGAUUCAUUAUUUGAAGGUAUUGAUUUCUAUACUUCUAUUACUAGAGCUAGAUUUGAAGAAUUAUGUGCUGACUUAUUCAGAUUUACAGUUGAACCAGUUGAAAAAGUUUUAAAAGAUGCUAAGAUUGAUAAAUCUCAAGUCGAUGAAAUUGUUUUAGUUGGUGGAUCUACAAGAAUUCCAAAGAUUCAAAAGUUGGUAAUUGAUUUCUUUAAUGGUAAAGAACCAAAUAAAUCUAUUAAUCCAGAUGAAGCUGUUGCUUAUGGUGCUGCUGUUCAAGCUGCUAUUUUAACUGGUGAUACUUCAUCUAAGACUCAAGAUUUAUUAUUAUUAGAUGUUGCUCCAUUAUCAUUAGGUAUUGAAACUGCUGGUGGUGUAAUGACUAAAUUAAUUCCAAGAAAUGCAACAAUUCCAACCAAGAAAUCAGAAACAUUUUCAACAUUUGCUGAUAAUCAACCAGGGGUUUUAAUUCAAGUAUUUGAAGGUGAAAGAGCUAGAACUAAGGAUAAUAACUUGUUAGGUAAAUUUGAAUUAUCUGGUAUUCCACCAGCUCCAAGAGGUGUACCACAAAUUGAAGUUACUUUUGAUAUUGAUGCUAAUGGUAUUUUAAAUGUUUCUGCCUUAGAAAAAGGUACUGGUAAGACUCAAAAGAUUACAAUUACUAAUGAUAAAGGUAGAUUAUCUAAAGAAGAUAUUGAAAGAAUGGUUAGUGAAGCUGAAAAGUAUAAAGAAGAAGAUGAAAAGGAAGCUAGUAGAAUUCAAGCUAAGAAUACUUUAGAAUCUUAUGCAUAUUCUUUAAGAAAUUCUAUUAAUGAUGGAGAAAUGAAAGAUAAGAUUCCUGCUGAAGAUAAAGAUAAGUUACAAAAGGCUAUUGAUGAAACUGUUUCAUGGUUAGAUUCUUCUCAAGCGGCUUCUACUGAAGAAUAUAAUGAAAAGCAUAAGGAAUUAGAAGGUAUUGCUAAUCCAAUCAUUUCUGCUGCUUAUCAAGCAAGUGGUGGAGCUCCACCUCCAACUGGCGGAGCACCUGGAGGAUUCCCAGGCGCUGGAGCUGGUGAUUCUUCAGGUGGUAAUGCUGGACCAACCGUUGAAGAAGUUGAUUAA